CUUGCUGAUAAUCCUUCAAUUUUUCACAUCUUGUUGUUGAAAAGAUAUAACAUUCUCGCGGUAUUAGGAGCAGGAUUAGGACGCUCUAUUUCAAGUAGCAAUCAAUGAUGCUCAUCUUUAAUACAUAAGGAUGUUCCGUGACCUCUUACAGUACGAAGGAGUAGAGUUGACAGACACUGAUUGCUUAAAUCCAUCCAGCCGAAUCAAAGAUGCCCCAAAUUUUGUAUGGUGCAAAUAGGACGCUUCCAUGAUUUCGUCAUUUGACUACUUCUGCCAAAAUGAUUUGCGAACUUACUUUCUUAUUCAAAUUUGUAUUUUCCCGUAAGAAUAUUAAGACAAUUGGUGCUAAUUAACUAAAUCAAAGCUAGAAAGUGUGCAAGGGAUUCUGGUAUUUGUAGUUGAUGACGCCAUAAUGCAAGUGUCCUGUUUCCAUUCGAAAACUAACGAGUCAAGGCCAGGUAAACUUUCAGUGACAUUUUCAGUUGAAGAAAGAUAAAUUGAAUCAUGACGAUUCGAAAACAGUUCUUCAAAUCAAGGCGUUUUUUAUUUGGAUUUUCCUGAUGUGGGGUUGAAGGAAAAGCUGAGUGGCAUUGAAGAUGAAAAUCGUUGACCACUGACUGCGAGUAGUCAACAAACCUAGAGAGCUCAAAGGGGAUUAAAGCUCGCGUCUUUGACUUAGUUUUAAUCGAGUGCAGUCCAAAUGAAGCACUUUCAAUAGCUUCCUGACUCCAUUUUCGAGGAAAGGAAAGGUAUUUUUACAUCAAAUAAAACAACUAAAAGAAUAUUGGUGCUUAGCAAACAGAUAUCAUUUUCGUUGUAUUACUGCCCGCAUUGGAUGAUACRAGAUGGUUAUCUCCAAAUACAAAGUUUGUUUCGUUUUUGUUUUCAUACUUCUCAAUCCCACGACACAAUCCACGUUACCUCAAAGUGGCCCUAGCACAAAGCCCAGUAGUACGCCAACACACCCUAGCUUCCGUACUUGUGACAAACAAGUUUGUGCAUCGCGGAUCUCCGCCUGUCAGAUAAUGCAGUCCUGUACUUGCCAACUACCCGACUGUUCUUGUUGUGCUGACUGUACCCGAUGUUUGGGUUCCCUGUGGUCUGAUUGCUGUGAUUGUCUUGGGCUGUGUUUGGCUCACAUCAGCAGGGUGUUGCCCUUUCACGCGGUCAGUACCUUCGGAAAUCUCCCAUCACCGAUUCCAUCGCUUUUUGAUGCACUGAGCUUUGGUACUAAAGGAACCGUGUUUAUAUCUCGUCCCCAGUCCACUAUUUCUUCUACGCAUUCUGCGAACGCAAACGUCACGAGAAGCAGGCCUGCAGUCGUGCCUGCUCUCCAACCAGGAUCACAAGUAUGUAAAGUAGCUUUCUUCGACAGCUGUUGUUCUCUGGUCAAAUGCAAGAAGUCUUGUCAGUCAAUGGGAGCCAGUCGCUUUCGAUGUAAGAUGUAA